AUGAAUUCUGCGAUGGUUGGGUCUGGUACGGGUGAGAAUGCUGCUGGUGGCGCUGAUUCUGCGGUGAAUGCGACCGGUACGGGGGAGAACAAUGACUUGUACCCCCUUGCGCUGUUGAUGGACGAAUUGAAGCACGAUGAUAUUGCGAACAGGGUGGAGGCUAUGAAGAAAUUGGACACGAUUGCGUUGGCUUUGGGAACCGAGAGGACCCGUGACGAGCUGAUCCCGUUUUUGACCGAGGUCGCACAGGACGACGAGGAUGAGGUGUUUGCCGUUUUGGCAGAGGAAUUAGGGAAGUUUGUAUCGUUUGUGGGCGGCGACAAGUACGCGACCGUGUUGUUGCCCGCGUUGGAGAUUUUGGCGUCCACGGAGGAGACGCUGGUGAGGGAUAAAGCGGUUGAGUCCCUGAAUAGCGUUUCGCUAGAGUUGUCUCAACAGCAGAUUUUCGACGAUUUCACACCACUGAUCGAGCACUUGGCCACUGCUGACUGGUUCUCCUCGAGAGUGUCCGCGUGUGGGCUGUUCAGGUCCGUGAUUGUGCGGGUGAAGGAGGAUUCGCUGAGGAAGAAUCUGCUUGCCCUGUACUUGCAGCUGGUGCAGGACGAUACUCCGAUGGUGAAGAGAGCCGCGGCGAAGAACUUGCCCUCGAUCAUCGACCUGUUGACGCAAAACCCAGACUUGUCCACAAGUGACGACUGGGACUACAUCUCAAACAUGUUCCAAAGUAUUAUAAGUGACAACCAGGACUCGGUAAAGUUUUUGGCCGUUGACUGUCUGAUUGCCAUCUUGAAAUUCUUCAAUGUGAAGGGCGAGAAAGCGCACUUGAAGGACCUUUUGGAGUCUGCGAUCAAGUUGAUCACCGAUGAAGCGUGGAGGGUUCGUUACAUGGCCGCGGAAAGAUUCGAGAGCUUGGCCUCGCAGUUCGUUACAGAACCUGAAUUCAUCAAAGAACUGGUACCACCGUUCCUGCGGCUGUGUGAGGAUAACGAGGGUGAUGUCAGAAAGGCAAUCGCGGAACAGAUACCGGGUUUUGCCACGUUGCUGAAUGACUCGGACCUCGUAAUAACCAAGAUUAUACCUGCCGUUCAAAAUCUGAGCAUGGACGAGAACGAGGCUGUGAGAGCUUCCCUUGCACUGAAUAUCACCAACCUGGUGACCCUCAUGUCAAAGGAGGAAGGUAUCACUCACUUACUACCCAUACUGCUAAACAUGUUGAAGGACGAAUUCCCAGAAGUAAGACUAAACAUUAUAGCGAACCUGAAAGUGAUCAACGAUGUCAUUGGCGUCGACCUUCUUGCCGAGUCCCUGCUCCCAGCCAUCACUGAGCUGGCCAAUGACGUUAACUGGAGGGUGAGAAUGGCCAUCAUUGACUAUACCCCUGUCCUAGCGGAGCAUCUGGGCGUCGACUUUUUCAACCAGCACUUGAGCGAUCUAUGUCUCUCGUGGUUGUGGGACACAGUGUACUCCAUUAGGGAGGAUGCCGUGAAAAAUCUAACCAAGUUGGCACAGAUAUUCGGCCCCGACUGGUGUCGUGACGAGAUAAUUUCAAGACUGCUGAAGUUCGACUCGCAACUUUUAGAGAACUUCAUCUACAGGUUUACGCUACUUUCCGCGUUGACUGCCCUCGUACCUGUUGUAUCAACGGAUGCAGUCACAGAACAGGUCCUCCCCUUCGUGAAGCACCUGACGGACGACGCCGUGCCGAACAUCAGGUUCAGCGCGGCAAAGUCCUACGCGGUCAUCGUCGAAGCACUCGUAAAGGGCGGGAACACUACGUACCUCCCACUAAUAAAAGAGACCAUCAUCCCAUCCUUGGAAAAGCUGACUCAGGACACGGACGUCGACGUUAAGUACUUUGCCGGCGUAAGCUUGAAGAAAUGCCAGUCCCUACUACCAUGA